CAACGAGUGUGUAGUGCACUACGUAGUGCGCAGGGAGUGAUUUGGAACGGGUUUAACGUUGCUCGGACUGGAUUUAUUGUUUUAUCUCCGUUUUAGUUUUUCUUUGCUAAUGCUAGUGAUAUGAAAUGUUUAUAUCGUAAUAUGAUAUUUUUAUUAACUGUUUCAGCUGGCAAAGCAUAACUACUACAAUAUACGUGGUUUGUUUUUAAGCCAGCUAAGAUAGCAUAACAUUGUUAGCAUAGACAGCUAGCUAGUCAGCCUUAGCCAAGUAAACACGAGCAGUGUUGAAAUGUAAAUGAGGACAAAAUAAAGUCAAACAGCUCAAACCUCUGUUUUUUUCUUUCUUUCCUGGUUUUCAGGAAGAUGUCUGCUCUAGAGAGAUGACUGGCUAUGCUAGGGUUAAAAGACCGUGUUAAGAAUCACAUCAGGAUUUGUACAAUGCAGUGAACCAAAUGGGUCAUCGCUGCACCCGAGUCCUUUUCCUCGUGCUGCUCCAGGCGCUGCGGACGUUAGCCGAAGAUGGCUCCAUCGAGUGUGUGUGCGUGGGCAGAGACUGCAUGGCACAGCAGUGUAAAGGCGACCAGUGCUAUUCCUCCGUGACCCUCAGAGACGACGUGCCCUCGUUCCACCGCGGCUGCCUGAUCGGCCCCGACAGCAGGAGCCUGACCUGCUUGACUUCUCCUUCAGCCAGCCACGCGGUAGAAUGCUGCGCUCGGCCCAUGUGCAACGCCAACGUCUCGGUGGACUCUCUGAUUCAGCUGCUGCUCAGAAAUCCAGAAGGAGAACCCAUGCGGUACAGUGUGGAGACUCUGGUACUUUUGGUCCUGGUUCCUUUCGGCGUGUUGGUGCUGCUCGCCGUGCUGGCCGUGCCUGUGUGCCGGCGCCUGCACCCACGCCAACUGGAGCGACUGCACGAGUUCGACACGGAGCAGGGCGCCAUCGACGGCCUCAUCGCCUCCAACGUGGGCGACAGCACCCUGGCGGACCUGCUGGAUCAUUCCUGCACGUCAGGCAGCGGCUCAGGCCUGCCGUUCCUGGUGCAGAGGACAGUAGCGCGCCAGAUCAGCCUGGUGGAGUGCGUUGGGAAAGGACGGUAUGGAGAGGUGUGGAGAGGACAGUGGCAGGGAGAGAACGUAGCUGUGAAAAUUUUCUCCUCCAGGGACGAGAAGUCGUGGUUUCGGGAAACAGAAAUCUACAAUACGGUUCUGUUACGGCACGAAAAUAUAUUAGGGUUCAUGGCGUCAGACAUGACGUCCCGCAACUCGAGCACUCAGCUGUGGUUGAUCACGCACUACCACGAGCACGGCUCGCUGUAUGAUUACCUGCAGCGCACCGCUGUGUCUGCGGCCGACGCCCUGAACAUAGCCGCCUCGGUGGCCAGCGGCCUGGUGCACCUGCACACCGAGAUCCUGGGCACAGAGGGCAAGCCGGCCAUCGCCCACCGCGACCUCAAGAGCAAAAAUAUCCUGGUGAAGAAGGACAUGCGCUGCUGCAUUGCUGACCUCGGUCUGGCAGUCACUCACACGCAAGCAGACAAUCAGCUCGACGUAGGUAACAACCCCAAAGUGGGCACCAAGCGCUACAUGGCCCCGGAGGUGCUAGAUGAGACGAUUCAGAUGGACUGCUUUGAUGCCUAUAAGAGAGUGGACAUCUGGGCGUUUGGCUUGGUGCUGUGGGAGAUUGCCCGACGCACCUACAGUAACGGGAUUGUAGAGGACUACAAGCCUCCAUUCUAUGACCUGGUACCCAACGACCCCAGCUUUGAGGACAUGCGCAAAGUGGUGUGUGUGGAGCAGCAAAGGCCCUUCAUCCCCAAUCGCUGGUUCUCUGAUCCGACUCUCUCGGCCCUGGUGAAGCUGAUGAAAGAGUGCUGGUACCAGAACCCGUCGGCCCGACUGACUGCGCUGCGCAUUAAAAAGACCCUGGAUAAAAUCCUCAGCUCGUUAGAGAAGGGAAAACCGGACUGCUGAGCCCGGCCUUUGGAGUGACGAUGUUUUUUUAAAUUCCGGACCCGAUUUGAGAUCAGCUCCCUCACGCAUCAAACAUUUUUCCUAUUCGUUCUGUGGAGCCCGGCGCUUUCACACUCCUGAUCUGGCUUCCUGCGAAUAAAAGCCAAGCCGUUGUGGGGUUUUUUUUUUUUGUUCGUUUUGUUUUUUUCCUUUGAGAUCCAAGAGGAAACAUUCAAGAGAAGUUGUCUGUACUGGGUUUUAACUGAUUUCACUCCCAUCCCUUGCUCAAGUGGUUAUCGGGGAGCUGAUCCUAGAUCUGAGAUGUGUUUGUUUUUAAACAGGAAAGACAAUCUCGCCAUGGAGGAGCGUGAAAUGCAACUCCGGAUACACGUCGAUCUGAUUGAGCAACGUUUUGGAAAGAAGUUGAUUAAAAGCCGCUUCUCCAUCCUGACAGUCGAGCCUCGGUGGGUGGCCUGGCUCUUUCACACCCUCUUGGAGCGGUGACAUCAUCGUAUCGUUUCUUCCCCAUGCCUGCAUGAUAAAAGCCAUUGGAACGCUUGAGCAUCUUGUGGCAGCCUCUCUCUCUGUCUUCUCUUACUCUCAAUUGACAAUCGCACACUGCUCAAUUGCUCUUGCACUCUUAGGCAGCUUUAUUUUUAUUUCAUGUUUUUUUAACACAAGUGCUCCCUCUUGACCUUUUUACAGUGCAUAAAAGUUUUUCCCCCCUUUCCAUUUAUAUUUAAACGUAAGCGUCCCGGGUUCAGCGUGAAUUUGCGAACAGUACGCAGGCUGUGUUUCAAAACACGCGAAGCCCCUAUUCAUGACUGCGCUUAUCAUUUGUACAAGUGCUGCAUACAUGUUCUAACACCUCAUAAAGCGCUGUAAUUAAUUCUUCAACGGCUUGCGUUCAAUGUUUGUUUUACACCACAGCCUUGUUGAAUUCUUGAUUCUGAUCGGUGUCGGUUAAUUUAAGUGCUGUUAUUUGAAACGUUGAUACAGUGAAGUGUGUUAUUUCUUUUUUUUAGGAAGGAGUCUCCAAAAA